GCUGGGAGACAGAAGAUACAGUGUUAGAGGACAUCUGAGGGUCAAAGACAAGAGAUCAUUACCAAAGCCCUGCUUUAGACCAGAGGAAGGAGAAGUGCCUUUUUGUCAAGUUACCGACUUUUCACAGUGGUGACACCGAUAGACAGUCCUGACCAUGAGAAGCGUGCGUGUGUGUUUCUGCCUGGCUCUGCUGCUGCCUUGGUGUGUCCAGAGCCAGAGGAGCAGUCCCGCUCUUGCCAAACUUGAUGAAGACACACAGAGGGACGAGCUGGCUGUCGACAUCCUAAACCGCAGCGGUGUGUUGAACUCAUUGCUCCGUUCAGAGCGUCACAGUGUGCUCCGGCGAGCACGAGCCCCGCGCCCAUCCUCCCAGGUGCCAAAGAGAGCCCAGCAGGGGUCCCGCUUCUCCCUGUCCCUCGAUGUUCCCACCAGCAUCCUCAGUGUCCUCAUAGACCUGGCCAAGAACCAGGACAUGAGAACCAAGGCAGCAGCCAAUGCAGAACUGAUGGCACGAAUAGGCAAGAGGAAAUAAGAAGCGGGGCCCCUGGGAGCUGUCAGGAGCUCGAUGGACAAAAUCUCACCUCACAGAGGAGUUAACUUCUUACAUUGUGGCACUGGCGCCUGGUUAGAAACAAUGUUAGUUCAGGUGAAAACAGUCAUUGCGGUCAGUAUCUAUCCUUUAGAGCUUAGAUCUGCUUUACUUUUAUACUUGUAUUAAAUGAUUAUAUUACCUCAUACUACACCCAAACCCCUCCAUGGACUGACUCUUGAAACAGAAGUAAUUAGAAAGAACGGUGUAAAACAUAAACAAAAAGGACCCUGCACACAAUGUAAGAUGAAGCUGGUCUUUUGUCUCAGAUUAUUUACUCAUGGGUCAGAAACUGUGAUCACGUUCUGAAAUCUGUUUCUUGUGUUUGCAUGUGUAAUUUUGAAUUCAAAGAAAAGGUUGUUCAAUUAAAUCCAAUAUGCUAAUAAUUUA